AUGGGCAUCACGCCACAAGAUACCUAUCCAUCUUUAGAGCGAUGUCGACAUCAGGCGUAGGAGUGAUGCCCCAUACCAUACCGCACACCCUUAUCUCGCAUCCCAUACCAGUGAGAGAAAAGUACGAAGUUCAUUUGAAUAAUGAUGAUAGUGAGAUUGGAUAAAGUAUUAAAAUAUGUGAAUUUGUGAUAAUACACGUGUAUAUCUAGUCCGAUCGUCCAUACCUCUGUUACAAUCCUUUUUUCAUAAAAUAUUAAAAUAUGUGACUAGUUAGACGUAUGAUGAGAUGCAAGAAUUUUAUUUUAAUCUUCACCUUUAUCUUUGGAUUCCAAUUUUCAAUUUUACAACCUUUUCUUAUCCAAAUUUAUAAUUUUUGGUAUCACAAAUUAAUAAAAACUGCAGAAAAUAGACAAGUAUAUCACCACAAGGGCCAAGAAGACCAAUUAGCGAUAUCAAGCCUCAUCGAUCAUUGUGAAGUUGUAGAGAGAUUGAGAGAUGGGUAAGGGAGGAAAGAGUGAUGGCUCAAAUGUUGAAGAAGAAAACAUGGCUGCUUGGCUUGUUUCCAUCAACACCCUCAAGAUCCAGCCCUUUAAACUUCCGCCUCUUGGGCCUUAUGAUGUUAGAGUAAGAAUGAAAGCUGUGGGUAUCUGCGGUAGUGAUGUUCACUAUCUCAAGACAUUAAGAUGUGCAGAUUUUGUGGUGAAAGAACCGAUGGUUAUCGGACAUGAAUGUGCUGGUGUGAUUGAAGAAAUUGGGAGCAACGUGAAGGAUCUUGUCCCUGGUGAUCGUGUAGCUCUUGAGCCUGGAAUUAGCUGCUGGAGAUGCACACAAUGCAAAGAAGGCAGAUACAAUCUUUGCCCGGAUAUGAAAUUUUUCGCCACUCCUCCCGUCCACGGAUCUCUUGCCAAUCAGGUGGUGCAUCCAGCGGAUUUAUGUUUCAAACUGCCGGAAAAUGUGAGUUUGGAAGAAGGUGCGAUGUGUGAACCGUUGAGUGUCGGAGUCCAUGCUUGUCGUCGUGCUAAUAUAGGCCCUGAAACAAAUGUUUUGGUCAUGGGGGCGGGGCCCAUCGGCCUUGUCACCAUGCUUGCUGCUCGAGCUUUUGGAGCUCCGAGGAUCGUGAUUGUUGAUGUUGAUGACAGCCGGUUGUCAGUCGCAAAAGAGCUUGGAGCAGAUGAAAUCAUCAAAGUCUCGAUUAAUAUUCAGGAUGUGGAAGGAGAAGUGGAAUCGAUACAGAAAGCCAUGGGAGGUAGCGUGGAUGUGAGCUUUGAUUGUGCAGGUUUCAACAAGACAAUGACAACGGCUCUCACCGCCACACGUGCCGGCGGCAAAGUGUGUCUGGUGGGGAUGGGCCACCAUGAGAUGACUGUUCCGCUUACUCCGGCAGCCGCCAGGGAGGUUGAUGUGGUGGGGAUCUUCCGGUACAAGAACACGUGGCCUUUGUGUUUGGAGUUUUUGAGAAGUGGGAAGAUUGAUGUGAAGCCAUUGAUAACUCAUAGAUUUGGUUUCUCUCAGAAGGAAGUGGAAGAAGCUUUUGAGACGAGUGCACGUGGCGGCAGUGCCAUUAAGGUUAUGUUUAACCUUUGAAGAAGAACUCAAGAAGAAGAAGAAGAACAAAAAUAAAUGAAAUGUUGCUUUUAAAUAUUUGGUUGUAAUUUUCAUGUUUCUGAAAAUGUAUAUUGCCUAUAUGAAAGUAAUUUAUAGUAUUUUCAUCAAGUUUUUUUGUACUAACAUCAACAAAUAAAUAAGCUUUAACAUAUCCAUAACAAAGAAGUAUUAUCCAUGGAACGAUCCUAC